UACAUUCUGGAUUCAACGAAGAAGGACCGAUGUGACGUCAAGCGAUAUCUCCGUCCGCUUGUUUACUUUCAGAGAAUCACUCUUCGACGAACUUUCACUUGACAGGCCCUCUGUAAUCAGCCUCGAGAGAGAGAGGUUGACACUUUGUGUUUCGUGAGCUGUUCUCCUUUUUGCCCCUUCACACACUCCUGUCUCACGGGCAGGCCGUUUCAAUGCAUUUCAGAGCCUUAAAUCCUCAACGGAGAUGGACGCUACCGAUUUGUUUACAAGCUGUAGGAAGGGCGACAUUUCUAGAGUGAGGCUAAGGCUAUUAACGUAAGUGAAGCACCGAUGGAAGUUACAAGGCUUGGUUCGAUUUUUUGCAAAUUACUCAGAUACCUGCUUGAACAGAGAGAUGUGGAACUGAAUGUCAGAGACAAAUGGGACAGCACACCUCUGUAUUAUGCUUGUCUGUGUGGACACGAGGAGCUGGUGCAGUACCUGCUGGCCAAUGGUGCCAAGUGUGAGGUGAACACGUUUGAUGGGGAGAGAUGCCUGUAUGGAGCCCUGAGUGACCCCAUACGGCGCCUGCUGAAGGAGUACAAACGCAUCACUGCCAAGGCCAUGCAGAGAGACUAUUACGACCAAUUCCUGCAAACGUUGUUGGAGCAGGGCUGGUUCAGUGACGUUGUGUUUCUGGUGCACGGGGAGACGUUCCGAGCUCACCGCUGUGUGCUCGGUGCUCGUUCGGAGUACUUCACUCACAUGUUCCAGACCAAGUGGAAGGGCAAGAACAUGAUCGCCCUCAAACACCCACUGAUAAACCCUGCCGCCUUUGCAGCCCUCUUGCAGUAUUUUUACACAGGCUGUUUGGACAUUGAUGUCAGCUAUGUGGAUGAUUUGAAGCGUCUGGCCAAACAGUGUAAGAUGGGAGAUCUCAUAGAGGAACUGGAGGCAAAGUGUAAGCAGGUGUAUGACUUUGUCUCCUCUAAGCCAGGCACUUGUGUGAAGGUUUUGACUCUGGACCCUCAUGGGUGCCAGCUGCAGGACGACAUGGCCCAGCUGGCUGACUGUGCUCUUCCGGCUGAACUCAGGGUUGGAUUUGGUGAGCUUCCAUUUGACAAAACCGACAACUUCCCAAGUUAUCCAGAUAUUUGCUUCCGAGUUGAAGGCUAUGACUUCCUGUGUCACAAACCAUUUUUCUGUGGCCGCAGUGACUAUUUUAAGGCCUUGCUGGAGGACCAUUUCAGUGAGGGAGAGACACUGGCGUCCGCCCCUCACAUCCCAGUCAUCACAUUACAUAACAUCUCCCAUGAACUCUUUACCAAAAUAUUGUACUACAUCUACAGCGACGACACAGAGCUGUCUCAGGAGAGUGUGUACGAGGUGCUGUGGGUGGCGGACAUGUACCUGCUGCCGGGGCUGAAGCGCCUGUGCGGGAAGAGCCUGGCGGCGCAGCUGAGUGAAGAGAACGUGCUGCACGUGUGGAAGUGCGCUCAGCUCUUCAGCCUCUCCCGCUUGGAGGACCAGUGCACAGAGUACAUGGCCAAGAUCAUUGAGAGGCUGGUGGAGCGUCCAGAUUUUGCCGAUCUGAUCCACGCGGACGCAGGGGCUGUGGAGGCUCGCCAGGAGACCGACUCCAUCCCGCUGGUGGACGAGAUCCGCUUCCACAUCAGCAGCAACGUGCAGACAUACAGCGCCAUCGAGGAGGCCCAGCAGAAGCUCACCGCCCUGGAACUCCUGCUUACCAACAUUGGCCUUGAGUGCUAAGAAGGAAAGAGAGAGAGAGAGAGAGAGAGAGAGAGAGAAAGAGGUAGGAGGGCAGGACAGAAGGAUAGAGAUGCAUAGGAAGAUGGGUGUGGUGCAGAACUGACAGACUAGGUUUGACUAAGCUUGAAUGAAGAGUUUUCUUGAGCAUUAGUGUGGCCCAUGGGGCCACAGAGAAGCUAGUAGUAGUCAGCAGGGCAGGGAGGAGGCUCCGCUCGCUCGCCCCUAAGCUAGUGAAUGAAUAACAGAAUGUGAACACAAAUAUAUUAUGAACUCAUCACAAAGGCAGGUGAGGUCUUCAGACAUCUAUAAAGCUUUAUCUCUGAGCAACAGUAGAACAUUAACCUGAUCUCUGAAGAUCUGAAGAAUUCACUAAAUAGUCGCUGAUAUUGUGCAAAAUAUUUGCAUAUCAAACGCCUAUGAAAUACACAGAAAGAUGUGAAACUUAUGAAAGGUGAGGGGAGGGGGGUGGUGGUGUUCACCCCGUGCUGGUAUACUAAGAGGAUAGUAAUACCAAGUAGCCGGUGUUCAUCGUUUUACUUUAGGUUCUAUUUCUACUAAGAUUAUGAUUUCUUAAAGAAUUCUAGAUUUUCUCUCUUUUCUUAUGUCAAUUUUGUCAGCGCCGUCAACACCAGCAAACUUCUUCACCUAGUCCCCUGUGUUUUAUUUUGAACGUUACGAAAGAAUUUUCUGAAUUUGCCGAGUUUUAACAGUGUGAAGUAGUAGACUGCUCCCACCUGAAUUAAAACAUUGAUUUGUUGACCUUUUAAGCGAUGUAUGUGAUACUUAACCAUAUGACAUUCUUAUUUUAUAGUAACAUUCCUAGUGUAUCCUCCCUCACACACUUAACUCUGACACACCUGCUUACUCACACUUGAGCUGAUGUUUGGCUGUUUGGUGAAGGACUAAUAGGACUUACGGAGUUAGGUGAGUGAAAGUCAUGAGAAUCUCUCAUCUCUCAUGUUUCUGAUGUUUGUCCGUAGAAUUGUACUGAGUUUCACUCCAGUCAUGCAGGAACCCCAUAUUUUCUGAUCUGGCCACAGUGUGUUUGUGCUUGGUCUGGAGUUACAGUCUAACAGGGUCUUUCUGUGCAAUGCUGUUUAAGAAUGUCAGCUACAUAUUUAUAUAAGUACUUUAUUUUCCAAAGUAUUAUAAAGCUUGCCUGACUCAAGAAAUAAAAAGAUAUAAAAUUGUUA